CACCUGAAGUGUGAGCUGACACCAAAUUUUCAGUAUAUUUAUAGACAUAGCACAAUCAAAUACUUGAAACUUCAUAUCCAACUUUUUGGGCAAAAUAUAUUUAUUGAGAGGCCAACAAAAUGUCGGUGUAUACGCCGGAAGUGCGCAUUACGCGUAUCACAGACACGUAUCUGCAGGAUACGCUGGACGAAAUGGCAGAGGAGCAGCAAAAACCCAAGGGGCCGACCAGAGCCGAAAAGAAGCAGAUGAAGAAAGAAGCAGCGCGCAAGAAGAAAAUGGAGGAGCAAAUGUUGAUUUUGCGCCAUGGCUUACGUACUGAGCUGGAGAUUGGCAAGCGCAUGGAUCUGCGCGGCAUGGAGGAAUGGAACGCCAUAGCUGAGCAAAUCAAGUUGAUUGAGUUGCGGCAAGAGCUGCUGCAGUGGGGAGAAAACGCCGAGCGCAUUCUUGAGAACAAGAACGAUCGCAUCAAUAUGCUGGUCGCCGAUCUGACGCACACCAACGAGCAGCACGCGCGCAAUUUUGGCCGCACCGUGGAGCUGAUCGAUCACAUCGGCGAGUGCUACCACGCCAUGCUGGAGUGCAACAAGCACAUGUACGAACAGCAGGCGGAGGAUCUGCUCAAGGAGUUCUACGACGAGGUGCACCUGCGCACCGAGGAGGUGGACGCGAUGCACCAGAACAGCGAGAAUAUCAUCCACGCCUCGAACCUCUACACGCGCGAUCAGCUCAAGGAGGACUACCAGAUCUACCAGGAGCAGCGCGACGACUACGUGAACAAGAACAUCGCACGUCGCUUCGAUAUACGCGACCAGGUGGUCAACAAGAUGAGCCAAAUGCAGCGCCAGCUGAACGAGUUCGUCGAUGCACUCCACAGCACCGAUCUGGAUGUGCACAAAUACGAGCGCAUUCGGAUGCUGACCGAGCGCCAGCAGCAGUUCGUGGAGGACACCAAGAAGCUUAACCAGGACGAGGUGAAGUACAUCGGAAUGCUGCACGAGAUUCAGCAGGACACGCUGCGCGUCGAGACGGAGAAUAAUGCGACGAUCAACGAUCUGCGCCUGGAGUUCGAGUACUUCUCGAAUGUGCGCAAGAAGAUCGAGGAUCGCAUGCAUGCGGAUCGCAUCACAACGCACGAGAAGCUGCGCAUACUCAGCACUGAGUGCUACGAGUUGACCAAGAAAUUCGAGAAGAUCGUGAAGAGCGGCGAGCUGCUGCUUGCCCUGUCCAUCACCUGUCGCAAGCUCCAAACGGAGUCCGAGAAAAUCAUUGUGGGCGGCGAGGUGGUCGAGCCCAUCGAUGUGGGCCCGGUCGAUGACGAUUUCACGCUGCAAACGCUGGACAUUAAGAAGCACGUGGACCUGAACGAGGAGGAUCUGGUCAUGCUGAACAAGAGCCUGAAGAAUUUCUGGCGCCAGCAGGCCAUGGCCCAGGCCCAGAACAUGCUGCUGCUGGAGGAGAAGCGCAAGCUGACCGAAGAGAAUCAGCGCCACAUCGACUUCAUCAAGUCCAUGAGCAAGACGGACAAUGCCGAGGAGCUGCGCGCCGCCAUGAUCGUUAGUCCGUGCAUGAAGAAGGUGCCGCUGCUCUUCGACACCCAAUGCCGUUUCCAGAAGCUGCGCAUCAAGCGCGAGUCGGCCACAGCCGGACGGGACGCCCAGCGGGAGGCGAUGAACACCAUCAAAUUCAUCCUGCAUACCAGCCAAUGCAGUCUGCAUAAUCCAAAGAAGACGGAGGAAAAGUGAACUGGAGCUAGAAGAAAUAUAUAUCUAGUAUAUUUAUAGGUAGUUUAGUAGUUAGCAAAGCUAAAGGAAUUCACGAAAGAAGAACUCGAAAUUCGGAUAGCAGAAUUUAUUACUUUUUCUUAUGUUUUUUUUUUUAUAAUGAUGAAGAUGUGACUGAAAGAUCAGUUAGAUGAGUUUAAGUAGUUAUUUAUGGGAGCAAAAUUCCAUUAGAAUAUUAGACAUGUAUCAACAUAACAGAGUGAAUCAAUUCACUUAUUUAAGUGAAUAUUUCAAGUGAAUUUAUAUAGUGAAUUAGCAGUGGAAUUCUAGUAGAGUUAAAAUGAACAAGUUUUUUAUUAUCCUAGAUAUUUAUAUCCAUCAACUCACUCAUUCAAGUGAAUAUUUUGUUAGGUGAAAAUAGAAUGAAAAUCUAGGAUAGGCAGUUCAGAUAUAAAUUAUUAGAUUGUUAGGUAUAGAUCAGUUAUAACUAUAAAUUCACUUACUCAGGUGAAUUUAUAGAAAAAUAUCAGUGAAAAUCUAGUAGAGUUUUGUUAGCUAUAUAUCAUAAAUGUAAAUUCACUUCUUUGAGUGAAUUUAUAUAGUGAAAUAGCAGUGAAAAUCUAGUUCAGUCAGGCUAGUUACACACAUAUCAUUAAUAUUUAUAUACCCAUUAAUUCAGUUAUUCAAGUGAAUAUUACGUUAGGAGUAAAACACACAGUUAUUCAAACAGUUUACAGAUACUUUAUUAAUAUCAUAUAUGUAUGUGUUUAUGUGCGUGUGUAUGAUAUAUCAUAGGCAUUAAGGCAAUCCAACAAUUACUUAUUCAAGUGAAAUAAGCAUGAACAUGAAUUCAAUUCAGUUUAGGCAGUUUUUUAUUAGCUCUCAAUCAAUCGAUCAAUAAUAUCGCAUACCAUGUAUCAGGAGGCUAGGCCUGAUACAUAACAUAUGUUUAUAUAUAUAUAUAUAAUGUGUAUAUAAAAAGUAAACUGUACUCGAAGAACUUAGGCACUAAUCAAAUCCUUUGGUCAAGACAAAUGCACGAGCAAAUUUAAUUCGCGUCAUA